AGGCGCACUUCCGGCUCUACCCCGCCGCUGCGGCCAUUGUCCGGCCCCGGCGCAGCUCGGCCCGCUUUGGGCCGCCCCUGGCGCUUCAGGAUUCCAAAGGACUGAUCCUGCAGCGGGGGCGGGAGGAGCCGACCCGAGUCUUGGGUGGGCCUAAAGUCGCCAAAUCCCAAGCUUCCAGGAGGCGGUGAUUCCGAGCGCGCGUGUCCGGGUGGCACCUCCCACGGGUUUGACUCUGUGCACAAGGCCGCGCCCACCGUCCUGCGGACCCAGUCUGGAAGCCUGGCCCAGCGACGCAGGAAUGGCCCCGAGGCCUCCGACCGCCAGGCCCCAGGAAUCAGUGACAUUUAAGGAUGUGGCUGUGAACUUCACCCAGGAGGAAUGGCACCACGUGGAUCCUGCUCAGAGGCGUUUGUACAGGGAUGUGAUGCUGGAGAACUAUAGCCACUUGGUUUCUGUUGGAUAUCAAGUCUCCAAGCCAGAAGUGAUCUUCAAAUUGGAGCAAGGAGAAGAGCCAUGGAUAGCCGAGGGAGAAAUCCAAAGACCUUUCUGUCCAGACUGGAAGACCAGGCCUGAAGCCAAAUCUUCAAAUCUGCGGCAGAACAUAUCUGAAGUAUUCCCUAGCACAGACGAUCUCUCACAUGCCACAUUAGAAGAUGCUUGGGAUGUUAGUGGCCAGUUAGAGAGACACCAGGAAAACUGCAAGAGACAUCUGGGGCCAGAUGCAUCCACCCCGAAGAAAAUAAUCACACCAGAAGAAACUUGUGAGCAAAAUAAAUUUAGCGAAAACUCUAGGUUUAACACAAACCUGGUUAUACAACUGAACAUUCCUCCAAGGCCUAGUGAAUGUGAUUCGCUUGGGAGCAAUUUGGGACAUAAUUCAGACUUAAUCAAUCAGAACAAUGUCCUUGCAAAAAAGAAACCUUAUAAAUGUAAUAAAUGUAGAAAAGCCUUUAUUCACAGGUCGUCACUUACUAAACAUGAGAAAACUCAUAAAGGAGAUGGAUCUUUCCCCAAUGGUACAGAUCAGGGAAUUUAUCCUGGAAAGAAACACCAUGAAUGUACUGACUGUGGGAAAACCUUUCUCUGGAAGACACAACUUACUGAGCAUCAGAGAAUUCACACUGGGGAGAAACCCUUUGAAUGUAAUGUGUGUGGGAAGGCCUUCAGGCAUAGCUCAUCCCUUGGUCAGCAUGAGAAUGCUCAUACUGGAGAGAAACCUUAUCAGUGUAGUCUCUGUGGGAAAGCCUUCCAGCGCAGCUCCUCCCUUGUUCAACACCAGAGAAUUCACACUGGAGAGAAACCCUAUCGAUGUAAUUUGUGUGGGAGGUCUUUUAGGCAUGGCACAUCCCUCACCCAGCACGAGGUCACACAUAGUGGAGAGAAACCCUUCCAGUGUAAGGAAUGUGGGAAAGCCUUUAGUCGAUGUUCCUCCCUUGUCCAGCAUGAGAGGACUCAUACAGGAGAGAAACCUUUUGAAUGUAGCAUAUGUGGGAGGGCUUUUGGUCAGAGCCCAUCCCUUUAUAAACAUAUGAGAAUUCAUAAGAGAGGCAAACCUUACCAAAGCAAUAACUAUGGCAUAGAUUUCAAGCACACCUCAUUACUUACUCAAGAUGAAAGCACUCUCACUGAGGUGAAAUCCUAUCAUUGCAAUGACUGUGGGGAAGACUUCAGUCACAUCACAGACUUUUCUGACCAUCAGAGGAGUCACACUGGAGAGAACCCCUAUGAUUGUGAGCAGGCCUUUAGUCAACAAUCCAUUUCUUAUCCUGGAGAGAAACCCUAUCAAUGUAAUGUAUGUGGGAAAGCUUUCAAAAGGAGUACGAGUUUCAUAGAGCAUCACAGAAUUCAUACUGGAGAAAAACCCUAUGAAUGUAAUGAAUGUGGAGAAGCCUUCAGUCGACGUUCAUCACUGACUCAACAUGAGAGGACCCACACUGGAGAGAAACCCUAUGAAUGUAUUGACUGUGGGAAAGCCUUUAGUCAGAGUUCAUCCCUCAUUCAGCAUGAGAGAACUCAUACUGGAGAAAAACCCUAUGAAUGUAAUGAAUGUGGACGAGCCUUCCGAAAGAAAACCAAUCUGCAUGAUCAUCAAAGAAUCCAUACUGGAGAAAAACCCUAUACUUGUAAGGAAUGUGGGAAAAACUUCAGCCGGAGCUCAGCUCUUACGAAACAUCAGAGAAUUCAUACACGAAAUAAACUCUAGGAACCCUGACAUUAAGGAAUGUCCUGAAAGCUUUAGGUAAAAUGCUGUUCUUAUUCAGUAUCCAUGGAUUCUUACUGGAGAGGAAGCUUGAGAAUGUAAUGAAGUUUUGUGUGUGUGUGUGUGUGUGUGUGUGUGUGUGUGUGUACACGUUGUGUGUAGAGAAAUUCUGCUAGGAGCCUAUUGGUUUUUUUAAUAAAAGCCACAUACUCAGAUUGGAUUACAGGUGUGUGUAAAAACAAGCAUCAGAUAUAACCUGUUAGAAAUGAUAUGCCUAUAUAUUGGACUUUGAAAAGUUUUUGAAUAUAUAUAUGCAGGAGAUCACCAACUUUCAACAGUUUAACUUAUAAUUUUCACUGUUUACAACCUUCUUAAUAAAUAAGACUCCUGCAGCAGUGACCAAAACUGAUUUUUAAAUUGUUCGACAACUGCAUUCAGCUGCAGCUCUUACAUUAAAUUUAUCACAGAAUCCAAUUCCACCUUCAGGAAUUCACGAUUCCGAGAACUAGAUCAGCUGGUCCAACCACUUCAUUGUACAGAUGAAGAAACUGCAAGCCAAAGAUGUGAAGUGGUUAGCACAGCAUGAUACAGUUUCUGAAGGCAAGUCUGUGUGAAAAAUGCAGAUCUCCUGGAUCUUUGUUCCCCAGUCUUUCCACUGAAAAGAUAUUUUGGAAUUCAGAGCUUUAAAAUAAGUUUUAAAAUAAAUCAUAUGCACAAAUAUUUAAUGAGCACUCAGGAGCUGGAUACUUUGGGAGUUCAUAAAAGCAUAAGAGGCAGCAAGAUGUAUGCAAAUUUCAUACUUAUUUAAAGUUGGAAGCUUACAAACCAAAAUGUUAACAGAAAUUGUAAAUAGUUUAACUACUAAUGACUUUUUUUCUUUUCCCAAGUGUCAUACUUCAGUUAACAUAUGUCAGUUUCAUAGAAUUAUUGUCUUCCUACUGUGCUUUUCAUGAUCCUUCCAUGAAAAAGCACUGCCCUAAGCUUCCUAUAUUGGAUCAAUGGGAUGAUAACACAGAACUAAGAGAAAAAAGAUGAUGCCCCAAAUUAAUUUUACUGUAGAAAAGUGUAUAUUCAAUUAUCCACUGCCAUAACAUUUGCCUCUAAAACAGUUUAGAGAAUCAGCAUGUAAUGAAUCACUUUGUAUGUCAAGGAAAUUUUCACAAUUAAAAAAUUAACUUUUUUAGCUCUGUGGUGCUUUUCCAUCAGUAGAACAUGAAGUAAAUGUCAGCAUCCCACUCUAAUCUUUAAUAUCCCCUGGUGCCUCCCAUGGGCUAUCCUAAUGGAAUGUCCAGAAUCCACUGGUUCAUUGGCACCAGUAUUGACAGUAAAUUUGGAACCAACUGUGGACAUUGACCCUGCAUGAAAGAGCCUCUGCACCCUCUAAGAUCAGCACAUUUUCCCACCCUAAUGAUGAAUCAUGGGGAGUGAUAUGUAGUGGUGUUGAUGGUGAACCUUUCCUAUUGGCUUCUUUGCAUGCAGCCUAGCAAGAUCCAUAAUCUUUGUCUCAUCCUGGACAGCAUGAGACGGCUCCCAAACAUCCUUCAUAAUUCUCUGCAGGAAAAAAUUUGCUGGGGCCCAAAAUGUGGCAUGUAUAGCCCAAUGAGUUUAUCACAUGUGGAGCAAGAUGGGAUAUUCUAUAGCUGAUCUGCCCUUCAAGACUUUAACCCUUCAAAAUACCUUCUGAUGUUCCAUAGGUAGCAUACACAUAAUGCCAAGACCAUGCUUGUGUUGCCUGAUACAUAGUUGACAAUGGGUAAUUCUACUCUAAAUCUCCCCUACCAAUUGGCUAGGAUGCCUAUCAGGAACUCAUUUUGGUGCUCAUUUUUUGGGGAUCCCCAUACUGGACUGUUUUCAAGAAGGCAUGAAUUGUAACCAACUGAGUGCUACCCGACUGUUAAAGUUUAUAAAGGCUUAGUUCUGGAAGAACUAAAGGAGACCACUGGUUUGUGUGUGGAGUCUGGCCUAAAUCCAACCAAUCUCUGGAUCUCAGCACAUCUUUGCUGGCAGGAGGGAGCCCAGGAUGCAUGUAUGGCUGAUUGAGCAGAGGAUUCUCUAGUCCCAGCAACCAUGCACCAUGCACUUAUGAAGACUCAGAUUUCUAGGCCAUAUGAAAUACACCCUUGUAACAUCAUUGUAUUAUUUCAAUAAAUAGCCUCUUUUGUCAAA